AUGUUUUCAAAGGCUAAAAGAUUUGAACCUCUUGGCUCCAAAAAAAGUCAAUCGAGUAAUGUAAUUCAAGAGAAAAAUAAAUUAUCGACAGCACCAAAAUUAUGUACAAAACCUAUUGAAACUCCAAAUAAGAAAAAAUCUGAUCUACAAUCACUAUGCAGUUCUAAAUCAAGUGUGAAAUCAUUUGUAACACCACAACCAGUCAAACUCAACAAGUGUUAUAAAUUUAAACCUACAAAUUCCACUAAAAAGGUUCUUCCAACUCCUAACAGAAAUGAACAUAUUACUAAAAGUGUACCUCAGCCAUCAGAUGAUCUCAUUAAAGCACAGGAGGUGGAAAUAAGGAACAAAGAUCAAACUAUUCUAGAGUAUAAUAAACAAAUUGAAGAUUUGAAAAAUGAAAUAGCGAAGUUACAAAAAACUUUAACUUACAUAGACAACAGUAAGAAUGAUAUUGACAGUUUAGAUAAAAAACUCCAUGAAGUAACUUUAUCUGAUAAUAAAAAAUAUAUAAAAAACAUAGAAUUAAUAAGUGAAAAUGUAAAUGCAGAAAAUAUCAUUGUUAAUCUAAAGAAAGAAAUAGCUACAUUAGAGAAACAAUGUGAGAAGUUAGAACAAGAAGUGAGUAGCAAACAAGUAGAACUCACAUCAUUGGAAGAAAUUAUAGUUAUUAGGGAUAGUUUAUGUCAAGAUUUGCAGAAUAAAUUGAAUGAUAUCAGUGUUUGCCUGGAAGAAACCAAAAAAAGACUGGAAAUGGUUAAAGGUCAUCAUGCACUAGCAUUAGAAGCAAAUGAAAGUAUUAGAAGGGAAUAUAAAGCAGAACUGGAAGCUCUGAAAUUGAAAAUGGAAGAAGAAAAGCAAGCAAUUAUAAAUAAAAGUAAGGUUGAACAAGAAAGUGUUAUGAACCAUUAUAAAUCUUUAAUUACUACAAUUGAAGAACAAAUAAAUGCAGAAAAAGAUGCUGUUAUUUCGAAUUUACAAGAAAAGCUAGUUACUAAGGAGAGAGAAAUGAAAGCAAAGUGUGAUCAAAUUGAAGAGACAGCUCAUGAGAAAUUAAAAUUAUGUGAAAUACAGUUUGAGGAGCGCAGUAGGAGCAUUCAAGAACAUUGGACUCUGCAAAAUAGUCAAAUUCAAAGCUUAGAAAAUGAGGUAAAGGAUCUUAAAUAUAAAGAAAGCUUGAAUGAAGAAAAUAAUAAGAAGGUACAUGAACAGCUUAUCUUUUUAGGAAAUGAAAAGGAUGCUUUAAGAAAUGAAAAAUCAAAACUUGCUCAGGAGCUAGACAAAUUGACGGAAGAAUCUAAAAAGGCCACAAUUGAAUAUGAAAAUAAAAUUAAUAGGUUGACUGUCGAAGUUGAAAAGGCAUUGAAGGAGAAGAACAAAUUUGAAAUGUCCUUAUUGGUAACAAGAGAUAUUGUAGAAGUCCUAACAAUGCGUCUGAGGGAGUCUGAUACUGAAUUGGAACAUUUGGAAGGUAAAGUGCAGUCGCUGUCUAAGUCAAAAGAAGAUAUGGAAUCGGAACUUUUAAAGUGUAAGAAUACUUUAGACAAUACUAUCUUGGAAUGUAAUGAGUAUAAAGAUGCAUUAGUAAAUAUUCUCAAGUCUAAAGCAGCAUUAGCUAAGGAACACACCCGAAUAAUGGAGCACAAUGUUACCCUUAUAGAGAGUCUUCAGAAUGUUGAGAAGGAAGCAUAUCGUGAACUUGGUAGUAUAAAAACUGAACUUAUUGAAGAUGUCGAGCUAUUGAAGAAGGAAUCCAACUGUCAAAUUCAAAUGCUUCGUGAAGAGGUGGAAAAGAAACAAAUGCUGUGUGAAUUGGCUACUGAACACGCUGGCCAGGCCACAGCAGCUGCAGAACAGUCGCGUGCGCUUUUAUCACAUGCUGCCAAUGAAAUUUCGCGGCUUGAGACUGAAAAUAGCUGCCUACAAAAACAGAUACAAGAUCAGCAAUCGCUUGUUGUCGAGUUGUCUCUGCUUCGUCAAGAAAACGAAGAGCUUUCUAUGAUGAUAGCUAAGCAAUCGUCUAUGAUGGAUAAAAUGAAAAAAGAAAUGGAACAGUCUCAGGUUACGCCAAAGUCGCCUUCAGUCACCCGAAAAACUAUCAAAAUCGGCAAAGAAAACAUUCAGACCGUCGUUUCUCCUUUAAGAGAACGUAAUCAU